CCGAAAAAGCAAAAAAAAAAAAAAAAAACUGCUCGCGGCUGCUCGGCUUCACGUUUGGUCGCCCGCCCGCCCGCCCGCCAAGUGAGCGAAAUGGCGUCGCGCUUCUCGGACACGGAUGGCGACGAGCGGCAGCAGCAGCAAGAGCCUCUGCUUCAACGGGGGCGCCAGCAGGACAACAACAGCCAGCGGGGGAAAAUGCGUCCCGCAGCUCCGGCGUGUCGCUCGGCGCGCUACGGCCUGGCCCUGCUGUCCUCGUUCGGCUUCUUCGUGGUCUACGCCCUGCGGGUCAACCUCAGCGUGGCCAUGGUGGACAUGCUCAACGACACCCGGCGGGCGCACCGCAACCGCAGCGGGUCCCUGUGCCCCGCCCACCCCGGCCCGGCCCGGCCCGAACGCAACCACACCGCCGGCGUGUACGACUGGGACACGGAGACGCAGGGCUGGAUCCUGGGCUCCUUCUUCUACGGCUACAUCCUGACGCAGAUCCCGGGGGGGUACCUGGCGGGCCGCUGGGGGCCCAAGUGGCUGAUGGGUUUGGGCAUCCUGGGGACGGUGGCCUUCACGCUGCUCACCCCCGCGGCCGCCGACCUGGGCGCCGGCUACCUCGUCGCCGUCAGGGUGCUGGAGGGCGUCGGGGAGGGCGUGACCUUCCCCGCCAUGUACAGCAUGUGGGCGGCGUGGGCGCCCCCGCUGGAGAGGAGCCGCCUCCUCACCAUCUCCUACAUCGGAGCUCAGAUCGGGACGGUGGUGUCGCUCCCGCUGUCGGGGGAGAUCUGCUUCUACCUGGACUGGACCUACGUCUUCUACAUCUUCGGUGCGGUGGGCCUCUUGUGGUUCGUGCUGUGGGCCCUGCUGGCCUUCGACAGUCCCAACAGCCACCCGUGGAUCUCGGAACAAGAGAGGGUCUACAUCGUGGGCUCGCUGAAGAACGAGCUGUCGCCGUCGGGCAGAAGCAUCCCGUGGGGCGCCAUCGUGACGUCGCGCCCCCUGCUGGCCAUCGUGGUGGCGCACUUCUCCUACAACUGGACCUUUUACACGCUCCUCACCCUGCUGCCCACCUACAUGAACGACGUCCUGGGCUUCAGCAUCCAGCAGAACGGCUUCCUGUCGGCGCUCCCUUACCUGGGCUGCGCCGCGUGCGCCGUGCUGAGCGGUCAGCUGGCCGACUACCUGCGGGAGAGGCGGCGCUGGGCCGCCGUCACGGUCCGGAAGUCCUUCUCUGCGGUGGGCAUGACGGGACCGGCCGUCUUCCUGGUGGCGGCCGGGUACACGGGAUGCAACUACACCUCGGCGCUGACCUUCCUCACCAUCUCGUCUUCGCUGGGCGGAGUGUCGGCGUCCGGCUUCAACAUCAACCACCUGGACAUCGCCCCCUCCUACGCGGGAAUCCUGCUGGGCAUCACCAACACCUUUGCCACCGUCCCCGGCAUGGUCGGACCCGUCGUCGCGAGAAGCCUCACUGCCAAUAACACCAUUGAAGAGUGGCAGAUGGUCUUCUACAUCGCCGCCGCCAUCAACCUGUUCGGCGCCACCUUCUACGCCAUCUUCGGCCGAGGCGCCGUGCAGUCCUGGGCCCUCCGCGCCGACUCCUACUCCUGCCAGGACUAAGACCGAAGUCCGUUUGGCGUGAGCGGCGAGCCCUUCCACGCGGAGAACAUGGAUAAAUCCAGAAUUUCCUUGACUGCAGUGAACUCGCCUGGGGUGGGGGUGCACGUUCCAGACCCAUGCGGGGCAGAUAAAAAUCUGCAACAAAGAGGGACCAUAUAAAAAAAAAAAAAAAAAAGUAAAUUUGACAAAUCCCAGAGAAGACAACAACGAGGCGUUCUAAUACGGCCUAUCCAAAGCGAAGAUAUGCGUAGCUAGCUUGCUAACUGUUAACGUGGACAAAGGUGCCCAAAGUUGGUGUGGAACGGGGGGGGGGGGGGGGGGGACUCGUUCACGCAGUUCUCUAAAGAUGAUGCACCGUGUGCUUGCGUUUGCCGUUUACAGGAGCAUCGAGAAUCUUUCUGUACUGUAUUUCAAAAACUAAUCAUGUCGUUCUGGAAGAGAAAAUUGGCAGCUGACGCUAACAACCCUUCAAACGGCUGCUUCAGCGCAUCGAGCGUCGAAUGCGCGCAAGACAAAAUUCUGACGUGCCAGAUCAAUUCAAAAAAGGGACCGCCUAAAAACGCACAAAUAUUUACUUGCAAUCAAACGAGGAUUUCAUUUUUUGGUCGUCCAUUGUCAAAUCUGCGUCGCGUGUUGGUAGCUUUGACGCAACUGCGAGAAAAGGACUCGCCGCCUCUCCAGCUCAAUCGUUCCUACGUCGCGCUCCAAAUGGUUCGUUCGUUUUUGGCUCAGCGAUCGGCAGUAUAGUUUGGAUUGAUCAUCUUCUGUACCCUCGAUGAUUAUUGUACAUUUUGGAAAUGUUUUCCUCUUAUGGUAAAAAUGUGACACAUUG